AUGGCGGAGGCACAAACGGUAGAUGAUACAGAAAGCAGUACAAUGUCUGUCACAAAUCCUUUUACUGCGGCAGCAUUAAGACCACAAGUCAGUAGAAUAAAUAUGCCUGGAAGAUCGACCCCAGCCAGCAUACUAGCAGAAGGUCUCCAGACACUAGCAAUUUUAGCUAAAGAGAACCUUCAUCGUGAAUAUUUGAAAAUAAACUCAGCUCUCCAGAAAAAAUGUGAAUAUAUGAAGCGAAGUUUAAAUAUUGAGGACCUAAAUUAUCUGAAGCCUUCAAACAAAAAAGGAAAAGGAGAAAAUUACUGCAGGAUUAUUGAAAUCAAUCAAACACAACGUUCAAACUUAUCAGAAGGAAGGUAUGAUCUGUAUACCCCAAUAUUUAGGUGCAAGUGCGGAUAUGUAGAUGAAGAACUUGGGAAAGCCAUGCACCAGUCUGGUUUUUAUUCAACUGGAAGAAAUAGUAGCACUUUCUACAGCAUAAAUCUAUUGGAUUCCUGGCAUUUUCUCAAGAGAAGCAGCCCUGGAACUUCUCUUCAGGCAUUAGUUAGUGCACUGGAAUUAUUUGGUGCUUCUCGAGGGCGUCAUGGUCCCAUCAAUUUUGAGACAACAAAAAGAGUCUUCUUUGAAUGGCGUUUCCAUCAGUAUCAACUUGGGAGAAUAAAAGGAAAAUUUGACAAGGGGUGCCCUGCAUGUGAUACAACACCUGUGGCUGUACAUAUUGAUGGCAACAAGAAACUGUAUCGUUACAACAAAGUUGGGAGAGGGAUCAGAAACUCAUAUUAUUCUGGUGGUAUCUUCGCUUGUGACAAAGAAGUUCAAGAUCACGUUUCCACUAUUCAGAACCUUAAAACUCAAAGUAGCCAUAUGUGUGGAGUGUCGACAUUGAAAGCUGCCAAAAAUAAACCUGUUUCAUUUAGAAGUUUGGAUGAAACCGGCAUAAGCAUGGCUUCCUGUCGACAUGGAAUUAUUCUUGCUGCAUUAAAUAUGUAUCAGGGAGAGCUCUACAGUUAUGCCCACUAUUUGCAAAUGAACUGUUUACAAAAUGUGUCCUUCAUAUGCCAGGAUAUCAUCUGUAAAUACUGGCCAUGGGCCUUAAAGAUUUCAUCAAGAGAACAGAAGUUCUCACUUGGGCAAGGAAAGCCUUUUUUAGGAGUCCUACAUGCCAAAGGACAUUCUUGGUAUUGUCAGGUUUUGUAUGGAGGGCGGUGGCAAGAAGGAAGUGGCCUGACAUCUGGGGAGGAGGCAGAGCAAGUAUUUUCCUACCUUUCAAGAUAUAACAACAACACUAAGAACAUGCUUAAAGCUGAGCGUACAGAAGAACUGACAGAGGGGGCACUCUUUUGGAAUCACAGAAAAAUUAAUGGAAUGCCUCGGGCAUUAGUUGCCAGAUUCAGAAAGGCCACAGAGACAGCUGCAGCAGUUUCAAAUGAGAUUCACAGGCUUAAUGUCCCAGAAUCUGUUAUUGAGAAAUGGAGAUCAGAAUUACUGAUCAUUGCAAGAUCCUUAAAUAACAGAUCCUCUGCCAAUAACAUUGAGCAUACUAUCGAGGCAUAUGGAGAGAAUAUAAGGCAUCGCAAAAAUCAGAUUACCAUUUAUGCAGUGUCCCUGACUGAAAAAGAAGUGCAGUGGAAAAGUUUGAGCUCCAGAAGAGAUGAUUCUAACAAGUACACCAUUGAAAACCCAAUUCUGUCAAUAGAAGAGAAACGUGGAUUAUUGGCUCUUCUCAAUCAGGGUCAAAAGCAAUGUGCUGACAAGCUUACUGAAGCCAAACAUUUAUUUAGUUCCUACCAGCCAAAUGAGGUCUAUGAGCCUUUCUUGGAGCUCUUAGAAAGUGAUGAAGAUGAAGACAUGUAUUUACAAAAUGAAUAG